CCAUAAGUUGCCAAGGCUAGGCAGUGUCAGGAUACAUAUGUGGUGGAGACAAGCGUGUGUAGGGGCGUAAACUACCGUAGCCCACUGAUAAAAUCAUUUGACACAAAAAAAGAAGUAGGCAAAAAUCACUUAACAUGGUCAUACUAGUUGUUCAUUGAUUAAAAAGGAUAUAUGGCUCAUAUUGGUGGAAGAAUUGAUUGGUUGUAUCAUGACCUUAAAUAGAGAAGAGCUACCAGACAGCAAGAAUUGAAACCCACCAAACUCGUGUUUCUCCUCCCGUUUUCCUUCGUCCAACUGGCGCAGCGGGAAUUCUGUCUGGUGGCACUACCGCGCCCAAGGAAUUCCCAAAUUAAACGACCUCAACCCAAGCAAGAAACAUUGUACAUGGAUUUGCAGAGCUGCUGAAUGUGAGCAGCGUUUUGUGUGGAGAAUUAGUGGACACACUCAGACUUGAAACGACAGGAAGAGGACGAAGGGGAGGGACAGGCUUGAUGGACUGGAGACAGAUAGGGUUACUAAUGCGCACUAUAUCCUAUCCUUCACCAACGACCAUUUCUCUGACUCUGUCUUAGAUCGCAUGAUGUAAUUAUUAUAUAGGAAACCUAUGACAAGUGACUCCUGUUUCUUUUUGAGCGGUGUCAUAGUUUUCAUCUGUUGAUUAUCUACAGUAGUUCUACUCGCGCAUCUCCCAUCGUCUCUCCGGUCUCUUACAGAGGGAGAGCUGGGAGACACUGCGGCGGGCUAAUAGAGGUCUGUACCACAAAGUGGUCGGUUGGCAUAACGCUUACUCAACUAACGGUGAAGUCAUGUGGCAAAGAAUUCUGAUUUGCUGCGCACUGCUUGCGAUGUAUUCGGCGGCACCACCCGCGCACAUCAACCGUUUGGCGCUGUUCCCUGACAAGAGCGCUUGGUGCGAAGCCAAGAACAUCACACAGAUAGUUGGGCACACGGGAUGCCAGCCUCGCUCUAUCCAAAACAGGGCAUGUCUGGGGCAGUGCUUCAGUUACAGCGUUCCCAACACCUUCCCCCAGUCCACCGAGUCUCUGGUACACUGUGACUCCUGCAUGCCAGCGCAGACACAGUGGGAGGUGGUGACCCUGGAGUGUCCAGGUAGCGAGGACACACCUCGAGUGGACAAGCUGGUGGAGCGGAUCCUUCACUGCAGUUGCCAGUCCUGCACUAAGGAGGGUGGCCAGGAGGGGGCGCUGAUGCAACUGUACCCGUCAGAGGGCACGUUGGAUGCCCCCACUCUGCCUGAGGGUCACCUCAGUGCUCACACACAUACUCACUCCCAGUCAGACACGCACUCGCAUCACACUCAUACACACCUGGAGCCUCACACGCUAACACACACAUCCGAUGGAGGAUAGUCCUGAUCCACUCCUCUGUCUCCAUUCACCUUCCAGCCCCAUCCCUCUACCACCUCCCUCCAUUAGUCUCACAGCUCAGCAUUACGUUAUAUCAACCCACCAUUUUUGAUAUAACACUUAAAAGCACUAUGAAAUUAAGACUUCACGUAUACACAUCCACUAAAUCUCCCUAAUUCUCAAACAGUUUAUUACAUAUAUUGCACAUGCAUGUUCAUGUUGCACUGUCUAGACUCUAUAAGACAGCCACAGAACCCAUAGGGUUCACAUACUGUAUCAACCCACCAGCUUGUAUACACAAUUUGUCAUUAAUCUUAUUUCUGACAUGCAUUCACAAAAUUGUACACCCAUGACACAAUCAUUUUUUAUGCUGUAGUAUCUAUCCUUAUUUUUUUAUCUGCUUUGACAUACAAUAAAUUCUAGAGCUAAAA